GCCAGCUAAGGCGUUUUGGCAAUGCCUCCCAUCGCAAUUCUGCAAGCUUGGAGCUCGAACUAACACAAUUCCUCGACCGUCGACGCUCUAGCCUCCGACCAGUGGGCAAAAUGCGCUGGCGCGCGCCAAUGAUGUUCGUGCUGGCACUGGCGGCUCUGACGGCCGGAGCGCUGGCUGCCGGCCGCGACCACGCGCUCUCGCUUCCGUCGUACCACUACGGCGCCCCGAUCCGCGUCGAAUGCAUGAACCGGAGUUCCGAAACGGGCGAACACAUCGAGAAUGCGGCGCACGAGAUCCAAUGGGUCCCCUUCCCGGUCUGCAACGAGACCAACAAGCCGCUCGAAUUCCACUACGGCAUCGAAGGCGAGCAGAACUGCACCAUCGCCAUGGUCAGCGACCCGUUUUUCCACCUGCUCGAGUUCUACAUCCACAGCGACGCCCCCUUGUCGUGCCGUCUACCCGCGCGGCCGCCCGCGCACGUUGAGGUGGUCGGCGAGAAGCCGCACCAGCAAGAGUACAUCCCGCUGGUCUUUGCCUUGGCCGGCACGCUCCAGCUGAGCCACAUGCACAUCAGCACGCACCUCAACGUAUUGCUGCACAGUACCCCCAAGCACCACAUCCAUCCGCGCGACAGCGGAGUGCUCGACAGCGCCACGGCCUACAGCACCAGCCCGCUCACCCACAUGGAGGGCAGCGCGACGCGGCGCCUGGUCAUCGGGGACCCGCUGCCGCUGAGCUUUAGCGUGCGCUGGUUCCCUACCCCGGCGCUCCCCAAGAUCGAGGGCAAGGUCGAGUGGUCCGGCAUGGGUGGGCACAUAUACGCCAGCACCGUCUUCUACAGCUUGGUUUCGUUCUUCGCCGGCGUCGUGGUCUCGGCCGUGUACUUCUUUGGAACGGUCCUGCCCAGGCGGCUCAGGGGGCGCGGCCUGGGCGGGGCAACGCCGCUCGGCUACGGGUUGAACGGGGUGGGCAACGGCUGGGGAUACCAGAAGAGGGCAAUUGACUAGGUAGCUGGUAUCUCAACAGACCUGCCACCGCCAUCCGAGCGCCUGCUUGCCUGGUGCAGGAAGAAGGUGGUUCGACUGAAAGGGAGAUACCAGGGACAUUUGGUAUC